GUGUCCCGGAGAAGUGACGUGUGUUUAGCGGCUGGUGUGGUGACGUGUCUCUAAUGCUCGUUCUUUUCUAAGGGAGCUGCUGGAUGGAGCCACACUGACUCCACAGAACACUCUCAACUGGAACCACUACUAACUCACCGGGAGACGGCCAAAGGAUAUAAUGGGAAUUAAGUUUUUGGAAGUCAUCAAGCCGUUCUGUGCGGUUCUACCAGAAAUUCAGAAACCAGAAAGAAAGAUUCAGUUUCGAGAAAAAGUACUAUGGACCGCCAUCACGCUCUUCAUUUUUCUGGUGUGCUGCCAGAUUCCUCUCUUUGGCAUCAUGUCAUCAGAUUCGGCAGAUCCCUUCUACUGGAUGAGAGUAAUUCUGGCGUCCAACAGAGGUACUCUGAUGGAGCUGGGUAUCUCGCCCAUCGUCACCUCAGGCCUCAUCAUGCAGUUGCUUGCCGGUGCCAAAAUCAUUGAGGUGGGAGACACUCCCAAGGACCGCGCUCUCUUCAAUGGUGCUCAGAAGUUGUUUGGAAUGAUCAUUACCAUUGGGCAGGCAAUCGUAUAUGUCAUGACUGGCAUGUAUGGUGACCCCUCAGAGAUGGGUGCUGGAAUAUGCUUACUCAUCAUCAUUCAGCUCUUUGUUGCAGGUCUGAUUGUUCUGCUGCUAGAUGAGCUUCUCCAGAAAGGCUACGGUCUGGGCUCUGGUAUUUCCCUCUUCAUUGCCACCAACAUCUGUGAGACCAUUGUCUGGAAGGCCUUCAGCCCGACCACCGUCAACACGGGCAGAGGUACUGAGUUCGAGGGCGCCAUCAUUGCUCUUUUUCAUCUGUUGGCCACACGCACGGACAAAGUGCGUGCCCUCCGAGAAGCUUUCUACAGGCAAAACCUGCCCAACCUCAUGAACCUCAUUGCAACAGUCUUUGUGUUUGCAGUGGUCAUAUACUUCCAGGGCUUCAGGGUAGAUCUCCCCAUCAAGUCUGCACGCUAUCGCGGCCAAUACAACACCUACCCUAUCAAACUGUUCUACACCUCCAACAUCCCCAUCAUCCUGCAGUCGGCCUUGGUGUCCAAUCUGUACGUCAUCUCCCAGAUGCUCUCAACACGGUUCAGCGGAAACUUCCUGGUUAACCUCCUGGGAACUUGGUCUGACACAUCCAGUGGUGGACCAGCUCGGGCCUACCCAGUGGGCGGCCUCUGCUACUACCUGUCUCCUCCAGAGUCAUUCGGUUCUGUUCUGGACGACCCUGUCCAUGCCGUCAUAUACAUUGUCUUCAUGCUUGGCUCAUGUGCCUUCUUCUCCAAGACCUGGAUUGAAGUCUCUGGAUCCUCUGCCAAAGAUGUGGCCAAGCAGCUGAAAGAACAGCAGAUGGUGAUGAGGGGACACAGAGAGACCUCCAUGGUGCAUGAGCUUAACAGGUACAUCCCCACAGCUGCUGCCUUUGGUGGCCUUUGUAUAGGAGGACUAUCUGUCAUGGCUGACUUCCUAGGAGCCAUCGGUUCCGGUACAGGAAUCCUCUUGGCUGUAACCAUCAUCUACCAGUACUUUGAGAUCUUUGUCAAGGAGCAGAGUGAAGUGGGAAGCAUGGGAGCACUGCUCUUCUAGAACAUGCCGACUCUGCCAUACACAACAUUACACACAGAUCGUCCAUACCGCAUCACUUCUGUUUCAUAUUUUUUGCACAAUCCGUUGAUUGUGCAGCUGGAAUAGAUCAUUUUACCCCUCUUUUUGUCUCUUCGGCUUUGCAAAGAGUCUUUUUCUUCCCCCUUCCAAGCUUUGCUCAAAGUAUUGCCUCCAUUUCUUCCGCUAUUACCCAUCAACCUGCAGGCUGCCUGACUUCCCUCUUGACUGUUUGGUCAGCUGAAGAAUCCCUCAACGCACCUCAUUGUGGUGCUGGCUUUGACUCACCUCGGCCAUUUUUUCACUGUAGCAUGUUGAACGAACACUAAGUAAGACACAAUAUUUUGAGGGAGAGUGUUCAAAAAGAUGUCAUGUUCGUCACAGGCAGCAAUCAACUUUUCUAGAGGUUUAUUACCGGGAUGCAAAGAGUAUAAACAAAAUAUACUCGUAGUCCUGGUAAGGUUUCUGUUUUAUCUCCACAAGUUGUCCACAUUUGUUGAUAUUUUCAAUAAUGGACUGUUUAUAUUAAUUCUGUUCUUUAGGUAGGACGCAGUAUUUUGUGUCCUAUAUCAGUGGCUGGUAAAGGAACGUGAUGGUGUGUGAUGUCUUGCUCUUUCAUUCCUAGACUGAAUCGCUGCACAAAAACUGCCGGGGUGGUCGUUGCCGGGGCGGGGUUUGACAUGGAUGCAAAAAGGGGGGUUCAUUUUGGUUUUUACUCUUAUGUAACAGACAUAAUUGUGUUAUUAAAAAAAUGUUUUUUUCCAACA